CUUCAGGAGUGCCUUAUAGCUUCGUUCGGCGCGGGCGCCCUUCUUUCCUUUCCUCGCGGCCCGGCCAUGACCCUGCGGAGACUCCGGCGGCUCCGGCCCGGGCAGCAGUUGCAAGAGGCGGCGGCGAGCUUGGCGGGUCCGGGCGCUCUCGGGGGCCGAGCGGCGGAGCUAGAAAGGGCCCUGGCGGCCUCGGGGGGCACCUUGCCCCGAGCCAGGAGGGGCUCCAGAUUCAAAUGGCAGUCUCUCAGCCAGUCACCCGAGCAGCACAGAAAGGUGAUCACACUAGAGAAGGAAGAGACUCAAGCCUUUGGCUUUGAGAUUCAGACCUAUGGGCUGCACCACCAGGACACGAAAAGUGUGGAGAUGCUCACCUUUGUUUGCCGUGUGCAUGACGGGAGCCCAGCCCAGGUAGCAGGCCUUAAACCUGGAGACACAAUCACGGGUGUUAAUGGGCUCAAUGUGGAGGGGAUCCGUCACCGUGAGAUUGUGGAGAUCAUCAAGGCAUCUGGCUGUGUGCUCAGGCUAGAGACCUUGUAUGGCACAUCGGUCCGGAGAGUGGAGCUUGAGGCCCGUUUGCAAUACCUCAAGCAAACACUCUAUGAGAAAUGGGGAGAGUAUCGGUCACUGAUGGUGCAGGAGCAACGCCUGGUCCAUGGGAUUGUGGCUAAAGACCCCAGCAUCUACGACACCUUGGAGUCUGUGCAUUCCUGCCUGUAUGGCACUGGGUUGGCACGAAGCUCCACAACCCUCGGAAUGCUCUUGCCAGGCGCUGAUAACACCUACAGCAGCGUGGGUUGUGUCCGCACAGCUACGGAGGAAAGUGAGGAUUCUGUUUACCAGACCUGCUUCUUUGACUCUGCCGACUCCCUGGAUGCCCUCUCCACAGCCGCCCAAUCCUCACAGCCCCGGCCGACACUCACCCGCAGCGCCAGCGUCAAAUGCACCAGCAGCAAUGGGGCUGCCCACUUCUGGGACAAGCCGUGUGACCAAAAGAACUCCGUGGCAGCCCCAAGGCCCAGGAAGAGCAAACACGGCAGCUUCCGCAAGAGACUGCUCAAGUUUAUCCCUGGGCUGAACCGUUCCCUGGAGGAAGAGGAGAGCCAGUUGUGAAGGGACACAUGUAGCUGGGGAAGUGGGGCAAGCCCAAAUGGGGAGCUGGACGAUCUCCCCUUUGGGAAAGUUGGCUAUUUAUUUUAUUUAUUGACCAGCAAGGUGAUUUAGGCACCCUUGAGGGUGAUUCAAAGGGCUCUGAUGUUAAACUUCCAAGAAGGCCUGAAUGCCAGUGUACUCCCUGUGCUUUCUGGGAUAAAGAAGGCAUGGAUCUGAUCCCAGGCCUCGGGGUUGCUAGGGCAGCUUGACUUUGGGAGGAAACAAACACGUAGGGGCAGGGUUCUGGGGUGAGAAGUCGGCGCUCUUCAAGGAAGCCAUUCUACAAGUAAGAAGCAAUGGGAGGGGGGCAUUUGGGGGGGGGGGUAGGAUUCCAAGAAAGGAAAUGUAGCAAAUUAGAAGGCCAAAGAAGCGCAAGUGAGCUGGCAUUCUUCGUUCCUGGGAGGAUAGUUCUGGAGCAGGACUUCUUUCAGGGAACACACGAAAGCUCUUCGUAAUACAACUGAGUUGUUGCUUGUUGCUGAGGGCUUAGGUCACUUCUGGAAAGGGAAGUGGAGUGUGUUGCUUCUGGCUCCUAACCAGCAGCAGUUGCGUUUGGGGAAAGAAAAUGCUACCCACAGUAAAAAAAAUUUUAAAAAUUGCAUGAGCAGAACACUUCUGCUUGCACAACAGGGGAGCGGUGUCUUUGAACAAUUUCCCCUUCCCUCUACACUCUGCCCCCACCCACCAAUAUGUUUCUGAGAGCUGAGAGGUUUUCAGUGAGCUUGCAGAGCUGCAGAGGGAAGGGGGGAAUGGCUGAAAAUCAUCCCUUCCCCCCCAUUCCACCAAUGGAAGUGGAUGACUCGGGCAGCUUUGACCCUGGCUGUUACACAAUCUUUGGGAGAGUUUGGCUGGCCUGGGAUUGUGAAUGGUGGGCUCAGUUUAAGGACAGGCUGGGUAUUAACAGAACUGGCACCUUGACCUGGGGCACAGGUUCUCAAACUUGGGUCCCCAGAUGCCGUUGGACUACAACUCCCAUCAUCCCCAGCCACAAUGCCCAAAGGCCAUUGUGGCUGGGGAUGAUGGGAGUUGUAGUCCAGCAGCAUCUGGGGACCCAAGUUUAAGAAUCCCUGACCUAGGGCAUGGUCACUCUUGCUUUGGGAUUCUGAAGGAGGUAGGAAGGGGCAGCUCUAGCCUAGGAUAAAAACAGCUUGUGGGGUUAGGGGUUAGCUUAAGGAAAAUAUACAGGGCUGGGGGGAGCUAUGAGGGCUUGGAAUGGGGCUAGGAGGACUUUCAGAACAUCUCCACACUUUAUGACUUCCCAGUGAGUCUUUUUAAGGUCCAGGACAUCAACGAUUAUGCCCCUCUGGGACAGCCUUUUCUCUUCCAGCGGCCUUUUGUUUGUUGCUUGAGAUGACUUUCUAAUAAUGAAAGAAACAAGAGAUCUGGCUGCAGUGUAUGGGAAUCCCCCCCACCCUCCAUGCUGUCCCCGAAUCGUGUGUGGUUAGGAUUUCUGACUGCUGAUCUCAAUCUGUAAUCUGCUCAGAGGAACGUUUUCAUCGGCCACAUCCUGCCUGUCUCGUCACCUCCAGGGGCUGGAUUCCAGCUCACUCCAGUAUUUAAAAAAGUCCAGAUGCUCUUAAACUUUUGUCUUACUAUUUAUAGAGCAGCUUUCGAAGGAGGGAAAGGGCUGUUUGUGCUGCGUGUCUUCGUGUCAUUGCUCACACAGCACUGCUUUCAAAGGCAUUCUGGCCACAAAAGUGGCAAUUUUUUUACUGAGGGCACCUCUACCCUCAAAACGUAAACUGAGUUGAUUUUGGUUUAACUGUUGGUCUUUCUCCAGGUCUGAAUGAGAAUGUUCAGUGAUCCAACCCUGUUUCUACCCUCUCCCAAUGAGCCCCUCCUUCUACCCUCUCCAUCAUUUCUCACAGUUCUUUGGGAGAAGAAUUCAUGGAAGUUAAGCUGGGUGAAAUUUGUAGUAUGGGCAUGCUCUGUUUUCAGCCUGCCCCAGACACCGAGCCCUGGAUUUUGUGUGGCUUGCUAAUAGUGUCUGGAUUGCCGCCCGUGGGGAAAACACCAUGUUGAGUUGAAAUCAUUAGAAAGAGCAUAAACUGAAUGAAAUCCUCCCUAAGAACUAGUGCAGAAGAAGGAUAAGGAGGUUUUUGGAAGGGGCACAGAGUAACCUUAGCAAAGUCUUAUGGGAUGAAGUUACUCCUGUCAAAGCUUUACUUCUGAUCACCCUGUUCAGGGCUUGUCUCUACAGGAAAGGCGCACGGGUGAGAGCAACCAAAGGGGAGGCUUUUUUAUACCAUUGUAGUUGAACUUUAUCUCAGGAAGUAGCUGCAGGAAGAGCGAGAAGGCUGAUGCAGCAUAGCGAGAAAGAACGGGGCAAAGAUUGCACAUGAAGAGAUGUGUCUCCAAAGAAGACACUCCACCCGCAAGUGAAAGCCAGGCCAGGAGUCGGGGUGGGUGGGUGUGGAGUUGGAAUUGCUGGGCGGCGUAGCUUACAUAUGCAUAAAAAUGUGACUAGAGGGAAGAGAGGCUGUUGUUUUGUACAGAUUUCCACACCAAUCUUUCAAAUGUUGAUUUUGGUUAUAUAGUAAAGAGGUUUUGCAUUCA